AGAUAAACUUAGCACAAAAAAUGGUGUUCCUGUUUUGGAUUUGAUGUCUCUCUUCCUCCCAAAUCUGACUGAGAUGUCUUCAGUCCAUAGAAACUUAGAUCCUGCCGUAUACAAUGAUGUUGAGAAAACAUUUGAGAGUUACAUCAUUGCUGAUACUUGUGUUCAGUGUCUUCAGAGGAUAUACCUUCACAUGUCAUCGAACAGAGUAUCUGAUUGAGGAUCAUUGCUGUCCUAGGUGUCCUGCUGGAAAUCGAGUUAGAAAACAUUGCAAAGAGUUCGGUACUUCCUGUUUGAAUUGUGAUGAGGGAACAUUCAUGGAUCAUCCUACAGGACUUACAGAAUGUUUUCCCUGUGCACGCUGUGAUUCAGGUUCUGGUUUAAAGAUAAAGACAGCAUGUACGACUACAUCAAAUACAGUUUGUGAACCACUGGAGGGAUUCUACUGUAAGGACUCUUCAGAAAAAGGCUGUAUGGAAGCACAGAAACACAGAAGCUGUCAACCAGGACGAUAUAUCAGCCAAAAUGGAACAGUAUUAAAGGACACUGAGUGCUCUGACUGCAGAGAUGGAACAUUUUCAGAUGGGACAUUAUUGACAUCAUGUCAGCCACACACACAAUGUCAAUCAUUGAAUCUUCAGCUGAUAAAACCAGGAACUGCUUCAACGGAUGCUGAAUGUGGAGAACAAAGUUCAGGAGCUGUGAUCGGCAUUGUUGUGGGGGGGCUUGUGACCUGUUUAGUGGUGGCUGGAAUAUCUCUACUUGUCGUGUUGAUUCUCAGAAAGAAGGGACGAUGUAAAAACACAGUAAAAAGGAAUGCAGACAAUCAACAACAGAAUAAACAUCCACAUGAAGAAGAACAGCUGCAGGUUGUGGCUGUGAUAAAUGAACACAGAGACAGUUCACCGGACACUGCAGAGGAAAGUUCCAUGCAAGUCACGGACUAAGUAUGUAACAGCUCCAGGCUCUUCACUCAUAACUUCUGCUCCAUCUCUCUCACCUGUACAUUUUGCUGCUUGUACAGUAAGCUCUCCUUGUGUGGAACACCUUAAAGGCCAACAUCUUCCCAUCCCUGUCAUUACAAGCCACAGAUCACACAGACAUCAUGUGUCUGAAGGCAGGUAUCAUCAGAGAUCAAACACCUGGCCCCUGCCCCCGCGGCCUCUUGCCUCUACUGAAGCCACUCCUGACCAAGCUUCUGUCAGGACGGCUCUGCUCAACGCUCGCUCCCUUACCAACAAGACAUUUCUUCUCAAAGAUGUAUUUUUUAGGGAAAAUUUGGAUUUUUGGAUCCUUACUGAAACCUGGCAGAGGAAUAUGGAGUAUUCGUCCAUCAUUGAACUUUGUCCUGCAGACUGUAGCUUCAUCAGGACACCGAAGCUGUCAGGCCGUGAUGGUGGUCUGGCAGUGAUUUUUAGAAAUGGUUUUAAUUAUCAGUUGGUUAGCACCGACACUGUCCCCUCAUUUGAACUCAGUAUGACUCGGAAAAAAGGAAAAUCCCGCAUUCUGCUCUUGAUACUAACGUUUCAGUCCCUCUGGACCUUCUUCAAGAGUAUCUUGAAGAAGGUCCAGAAGGACAGAAAAGUUUUCUUUAAUAAAUGCCGAUGCUGUAGCAAGAGCAGAGUGCGGGAUUUUCCUUUUUUCCAAGUUUCUGAUAUUUUCCAGUGCACCUGCACAGAAGAAUUGUUGGCUGUGCAAAUUGUUUCUUCGCAUAAACUCAAUAUGACUAAAAUUGGUAAGUCAAAGCCUUUUUACUCUAUUUUAAUUUACCGACGUCACGGCUCAUCUGACCCUAACCUGUCUGAUGUUACUGAGUUUUUAUCUUGAGUUAUAAAGUUGGACAUAGUUUUAAUUAUCAGUGAUUUUCAU